AUACCACCGCGUGAUCAUUUUUUUUAUAUCGUGAGGGGCCGCGGGAAGAGUCGAGAACCACCUAAACAGAGAACCAGACAUCAGCGGGAAAUGGCGUCUGCAAUUCGCUCCGCCCUCCGCGGCGGUGUUUCUCGCGGAACUCCGGCAUUCUCGAGGACUUUCGCUUCUUCCGCACACCAUGACGAGGCCCGUGAAGCAGCUAAGUGGGAGAAAAUUACUUAUGUUGGAAUAAUUACAUGCACUAUUCUUGCAAUCGUUAAUCUCUCUAAGGGUCAUCCUCACCAUGAAGAGCCUCCUCCUUAUCCGUAUCUGCACAUUCGUAACAAGGAGUUUCCAUGGGGUCCGAAUGGUCUUUUCGAGAAGAAGCAUCACUAAAACCUGUAUAUUUAUCCAUGAAGGCUUAAAAAAGCUGAACCUACUGCAUCGUCAAAGUUGUAUGAAAUGUGUUUGUAUUUGCUUCAGAUGUCUUGUGUUGAUACUUAACCAUAUCUCUGAUGUACUCUGUGGUUUUCUGUAUUGUGCUGUCUACUAUGUUUCGACAGUGCUAUCUACAAAAUAAGAAUGAAGAGAUUGUUUGAAUGGUCUCUUUUCAGCUGUUCUUUUCGA